AGCUGAGGUGGCAACAGUUUUAAAAGAAACCAAUCUAAUACUGAACAUCAAGAAAGAAAAGAAGGUUGAUACUGGAAAUCACUAUCCUGAAUGGCUGCUCUUAGGAGAAAGCUAACUGUAGUUGGAGAUGACUGCUGUGGUAAGACAUGCCUCCUCUUUGCUCUGUGUCACAAGCAGCUUCCCAAGACCUAUGAGCCAACUCUGUUUGAUGCUUACGCCACUGACACAGAAGUAGAUGGGAAAGAGAUGAAACUAAUUCUCUUCGAUGUGGCAGGGAAGAAUGAAGUCAGUUACCGAAAUCUCCGCUCAGUGUUCUACGAGGACACCGACAUUAUUUUAAUGUGCUUCUCUGUGGACAGGCAUGACUCACAGCAAAACAUCCUUGAUUUUUGGAUUCCAGAAAUCAAAGUGUUCUGCCCCACAGUACCUAUUAUUCUGGUGGCUACCAAGACAGAACUAAGGGGCGAUGAAGGUAUUAAGAAGAAACUAACUUCUCCAGGCAAUGAGCCAAUUAGCACUACAGAAGGAAAAGCUUUAGCUGCCAGCAUCGGGGCAUAUGCUUAUCUGGAGUGUUCUGCCAAGACAAAAGAAGGUAUUGAUACAGCCCUGGAGAUUAUUAGCCAAUGUGCAUUAAAUGAGAAAAGGAGGAGAAAGAGGCACUACAGGCACUGCCAAAUUUUGUAAGAGGAGUGAAUAUUAUUUUGUUGUUGGAUUUCAUCCUGUGGAAAGCACUUGCAGGCAGAAGACAUGAAGUAAAGGGAACGCCAACAACCAUGCUCUCAGCUUUGCAAGUCAUUAACAAUCUGGAAAGAGACUGAGAAAUCCUGUCAACCUAAGCAGAAUAUCUCAGAGAGGCACAGAGAUGGACCAAAAUGGAAGGACUUUGGGUGCAUCUCCAUACU